CUUGUCUGUUACCUUCAGGAAAGAUAGCUCAACAGCAAACCAGCUCCCUUGUCAGACUUGUUGCGUUGAAGUGAGUUCUCUCGGUGACUUCAGUCUACGACCAUGAGCGGGAGUUCGACAAGCUGGGCUGUUUUCUUACUUCUACUUUCGACAGUUUCUCCUAUCAAAGGUUAGUAAGUGCGGCAAGGAAAAAAUAGAAUAGCACACGAACAUCUCGUAAGUGCAGCGACAACCCUCACUGACCCGCGUUCUUUUUUUAAUGACUGAUAUAUAUAUUUUUUUAUAUUCAGUCUAACUAAGUGCCAUUAUUGUACCUACAACCAAUUUAAAUUGCGGGCCUACAGUAAAGCUUCAAACCUCGUAAACGCGGGCGGAUAUUCCUUGACAUUCGACAACCUCGGAAACUUUUUGGAUAAACAGACGGAGCUUUUCUGGUUCAGUCUAUACGGGAAUAACAGCUCGAAUAAAACCUGAUUUGCUUCAAUUAAUUGCGAUAACGUCUGUAAAAUAACGCCUUGAACAAGCAAACAUUAGAACAAGCAAGGUAGUCCUUAAUUUAAUAUCCAAAUUUGAAGGCUUCCGGUUUUGCUCAGUUUGUUAAGUGACUGAGAAAAUUUUGUCUCAGAUGACGCAUUGCGUCCAUUGUACACAAAGUAAUUUUAUGAUUUAUUGAUCAUGAGGUUAUCUAGGCUUCAGAGAGUGUCCAAAAGGGCUUUUUUCCCAAUCGAUUCAGGGUUAAAUCUUUACAAUACAAUACUAAACAGAAAAUACUCCUUACCAGGUAAGGAGUAUUUUCUGUUUAGUAACCUAACACAAAACUUAAACGGUUUCGGUUUCCGAGAAAUUACGCUGCUCGAGUGGUUUCUUGGAAAGCUUCCAAGCCUUUUCCAAAAAUACCAUAAUACUUUUUGUCCGCCCUUUAAAAUUUUGCAUACGUAGACACCACUAAAAAGGACGCCUUAAAAAAUGAGUAAAAUGUCAAAUUUAAAGUGAUACCUCUUUAGCGAGCGAAGAUAUAGCUCCGAUCCGCAAAGUUUCAAAAAUUUACAGACGUAUGUAUGGUGGGAAGCCGGCAAACUUGCAACAUUUCGCGACUUUUAUGAGCUGUAUCUUCAUUACUUUUCAACAAAUCACUUUCAAACUUGGCAAUUUUACAGAUUUUAAGGCGCCACUUUACAGUGGUGUCGACGGAUUUUCCCGAACUUGUCUAUAACAAAGUUGAAAAAACCGACUUACAACUGCCCCAAGAAAAAUUGAAAACAAUAUAAUACUUAAAUGCAAAUUUUUGGAUAGACAACGAACAAAGGGUACAUGUUUUGCCACCGAACAUUCAGCGUUUGGAGGGUGCUGUUGUCGACUUGAUUAAUGUUUAUACUCAACAAAAUAUUCUUUGCAAGAAUUUUUAAACGUUAAAAUAAUUUCUGGAGGCAAGUGUGCUAUUUCUGAGCGAGAAAUAUGCCCGAAAGUUGAGUAAAGUAAACUAUGAGCGGAUCGCGCUGAUCAAAAACGUAUAAACAACUUACCUUUGGCGCGACAGUUAGGAAAGUUCGCCUUAACGGCAACGAUUAUUCCUUUUCUCGGUCGAGUUAGAUCAUAUCCUCGGAGAUAGAUAUGCCGGUGCCUAACACUUCUCAUGAAAGUGAGUAAACCGCCUGCAUCUUAGUUUGUGAUUUUAACUUCGUUUGACGUUAUUAUUUCCAAUUUUUAAUUUUUUUUUUAUUCCUGAAUACUUUUAGUCGCCCCUAUAAACGUCAAGAAAUCCAAAAACGACUGCACUGAAAACACUAGGUGUUUAUGAGAGUUCAUUGGCGCCGCACUCUUCAGAACCUCUUUCGGUUCCAUUUCUUUUUUCUGUUGUUGUUGUUGUUGAUUUCAAUAUUUCGGCUGCUUCAAAUAAAUAAUUUGCCAUUUUCAUGUGUAUUUCAUAACCAGGAGAGGACAAAGAAAGAGAAAGCAAGUCAUCCUGGUGCCUAAGUGACUAUAAAUUCGGUAUAGUUGCAGGAGUAGGAGCUGUGGUCGCAGCUCCUUUUGCUCUCGUUGCUGCAGGAUUCACCUCUGCAGGCGUAGCAGCGGGUUCGGUAGCUGCAGCUGUCCAAUCUACAGUCUACGGCGCAUCAGUUGGUUCUGGUACUGUUUUCGCAGUCCUCCAGAGUGCUGGAGCCGCCGGAAUUGGUGGGGCGGCAAAAAUGGCCAUAGGUACCACUGUUGGGGCAGCGGCAACAUAUUUCAAAAGCAAGUUCUACUCAUCAUGUAACUCGGACGAAGAAAAGUGCACAUCAAAUGACAAGAAGUGAAUUAUACCUUCACUGCUGUGGAUUUCGUUUGAUUUUGUUUGUUUGUUUUGCUUACCAAAGUGCAGCAAGCUAAGACAUGAGGCAAGGACUCUGGAUCAAUGUACUCAUUUUCUCUUUUUGUUACGAACGUUAUAACAAACAGAUAAGACAUAAUAUUUGAACAAAGUAAAACUUAAUUCUGUGAAAGGUCCGAACCCAGUUGAAGGGGACUAGCUCCGGGUCGACUUCACAGAAAAGACACACGUACUCUGUUUGUUCAGCAAACUUUGUAUUUCUUCUAAAUCUUGAGCGUUGUUACAAGUCAACUUAAUCUCACACUAGCUUGUACUAUCAUUCUCUGACAAAAGCCUGUUGUAGCUCCUUUUAUCCUGACUGGACAUGACAGGUGCCAAUCCUAAUCAUUUGAAAUUUAGUCUUACAUCAGUAAAAACCUGAUUGGUUGUAAGGAAUUUUAUCAUAUUUUCCUUCGAGGUUAUGACGCAGUCCAAAAAUCAACUUUGACUAUAGAAUUCACUAAUUCCAGUUAAUGUCCUGUCAAAACAAGAUAGUCAGAGAGAUAUAAAGUUCACAAAGAAUGUAUUCGUAUAUAUAAAUCGCUGGUUCACACUAUCGUUACUUCAAAAAGUACAACUAAUCAACUUUUGUACAUUGCACAAGUUGUCGUUUAAAGUCUUCUUGUAGGAAUAAUUAACAAUACUAAUUUGUCCUGCCUUUUCAAUAUAUUAACUCAAAGUUGUUUACGAGUUUUGCAAUAAAACUAAUUAGCGUACAAAUAUAAUUACACGGAUUAUCCAACAAAAGUGUUCUCUUGACAACCAGUCUCGAACAAUUGCUAUCCAACUACACUUAAUGAAUGACAUGGCUUCUGUCACUAAAACGCAAGCCAACUCAAAAACUAAGAUCUUGAAAACGUAGGAGAGUAAUAAAAACAGUAUGUUCCGGGCGAAACUUUGUUUUUCUGGGAAGACUUUGUCUGGUCAAUUAAAAGCUUAAGUCAAUUAAGGCCAACGGAACUUAUCCUUUCACUGUUUUACCAGCGCGUCCAAUUAAUAUGAACAAAAGACAGAUUUUAACAAAAGAUAAAUCUUACUAUUAAAGUCACUUUACGGCCG